CGUUACAUUUAUUGACUGUGUUGAAAGGAACCGAUCGAGAAGUGCGUUCAGUCCGGUUUUCACCGUUGGCAUUAAAUCGUGCGUCCACCAUAUGAUCCACCUGGAGAUGCUGUGAACCAAGAAAUUCCAUCUGAAUGACCAAUCAGAGAAGAGCCUGGAGGGGGCUGGAAGAUUGACACGCGUAAAACGGUUAAAAAGCCGAUAUAUUUCAUCAGCUGGUACCACCACUGGAGCAACCAACACAUCAGCUUGCGUCACGCAUCAACUUCCCCACCACAAAUUUUAUUUUAUCACCGGAAAUCAAAGCUAUUGGAAACACCAGCCAAUCAGCUCUCCGAUAACCGAGGGGCUCGUCACUAUCUGGUGGGGAAGACAAAGUCAGCUAGAGAAAAAUAAAUAAAUAAAAAACAAGGAGGAAGGGAUCCCUCGACCCUCGGACUCUGGAUUGUUGAUCAACGUGUAUAAAAGACGAGGAGACCAAGUGCCAAAAUGCCAAACAUUGGAUGGAUCAUUGCCAGACAAUCUGGUACCAUUAGUGCCACUGGUUGUCUAAGGGAUACCACGAGAUUACGAGAAUUCUCCACGAUUAUUUCGAGAAAUAACUGUGGAUAUACCAACAGAUGCACAAGACUCCUGAGGACAGUUGAUUACGGUGUUUGGGGUUCUGUUGCAAGACCACAGAGAUUCUCGGUUUUUACACAUCGCGUUGCUGCCAAGUACAGUAAAUCAUCCAGAAUGCCGUACCUAGUUGACAAGCUGUAUCCACAGGUGACGAGCCUGAUGGCGACGCAGGCAACAAAGAGCGCAAGCUCCAUUGAAGAUGUUGAUGAUCACAUCGGUGGGGUGCCCAUCGUCAAUAAAUUGACGGUUCCCCUGGCACCUAAGGUCAGGGCUUAUGUCGAGGAAUGUAUUAAACUCUGCAAACCCGACGAGGUGUACGUCUGCGACGGCAGUGACGCCGAGAAUAAUCUUCUACUGAAGAUGCUGGAGAAGAAAGGAUCUGUCGAACGUCUCUCGAAAUACGAGAACUGUUGGUUGGCAAGAACAAAUCCAGCGGAUGUGGCGCGUGUGGAGAGUCGUACAUUCAUAAGUACUGAAUCGAAAAACGAGACAAUUCCUACGCCCCGAGAAGGUGUGAAAGGCACUCUGGGUAACUGGAUAAGUCCUAAGAACAUGGACCAGGCCAUUGUCGAGCGUUUUCCUGGUUGUAUGAAAGGUCGCACCAUGUACGUUAUUCCCUUCAGCAUGGGUCCAAUAGGUUCACCACUAUCCAAAAUUGGAAUUGAAAUCACUGAUUCAGCCUACGUCGUGUGCUCUAUGAAAAUAAUGACGCGUAUGGGAUCACGAGUGCUCGAUUCUCUCGGAAAAGACGACUUUGUCAAGUGUCUGCACUCAGUUGGAGUACCGAGCAAUGAUUCUCAAGUUAAGAUAAAAUCAUCGUGGCCUUGCGAUCCCGACAGAACGAUUAUUCUGCACAGACCAGAUAAAAACGAGAUUGUCUCGUAUGGAAGUGGAUAUGGAGGUAACUCACUCCUGGGAAAGAAGUGUUUUGCCUUGAGGAUUGGAUCUACUAUUGCCAAGAGAGAGGGAUGGCUAGCAGAACACAUGCUGAUUCUAGGUAUAACAAAUCCAAAAGGAAAAAAACGUUACAUCGCAGCGGCAUUUCCAAGUGCCUGUGGAAAAACAAAUCUCGCAAUGAUGCAACCAACACUACCAGGUUACAAAAUCGAGUGCGUCGGUGACGACAUCGCCUGGAUGAGAUUCGACAAGAAGGGAAGACUGCGUGCAAUUAAUCCGGAGAAUGGAUUUUUCGGUGUUGCCCCAGGCACAUCGUCAUCAACAAAUCCCAACGCGAUGAAGACUAUUUUCAAGAAUACCCUGUUUACUAAUGUGGCACGUACGAGUGACGGUGGUGUCUACUGGGAGGGUAUGGAGAAGGAAAUAUCGAAUGACGUUGAAAUAACGGAUUGGCACGGAAAUCCCUGGUCAAGGGAUUCAAAGACACCUGCUGCACAUCCAAACUCAAGAUUCUGCACUCCGGCUAAUCAAUGUCCAAUAAUCGAUUCAGAUUGGGAAAAUCCAGAGGGUGUACCGAUUGAUGCUAUUCUCUUUGGUGGCCGAAGGCCCCAGGGAGUUCCACUUGUAUAUCAAGCAAGAAAUUGGCAGCACGGAGUGUUCAUUGGAGCUACUAUGAGAUCAGAAGCCACUGCUGCUGCCGAGCACAAGGCUAAAGUAAUAAUGAACGAUCCCUUCGCGAUGAGGCCCUUCUUCGGGUACAAUUUCGGUAAUUACCUCAACCACUGGCUGAGCAUGUCUAGAAUUCAAGACGCUAAACUCCCAGCGAUCUUCCACGUCAACUGGUUCAGAAAAGGUUCGGACAAUAAAUUCCUGUGGCCAGGAUUUGGUGAGAACUCUCGAGUUCUCGAUUGGAUCCUUCGUAGAAUCGAAGGAGAGGACAUUGCAGUGGAAUCACCGAUCGGUUUACUCCCGAAAAUCAAUUCCCUGGAUCUAAACGGCCUCCAGGAGAAGGUGGAUCUCCAGGAGUUAUUCAGACUGCCAAAAGACUUUUGGAAGCAAGAGACUGCGGAGCUCAGGGAUUACCUCGAUGCUCAAGUUGGACGGGAUAUUCCCAAAGCCAUCAUUGAGGAGCUCAAUAAUCUCGAGAAAAAUAUAUCCAAACUCGAGUAAAUUCUCACAAGACGAUGAACAUUCCGUUAAAACGAAACAGAUGUUUCGUGUAUAUUUGUAUAUAGUAUUAAAUCCAUUUAUACGAACGAGAAUAUAGCGAAAAUGUUAUUUUAAUACGUGAUACUUAACGAUUACUGUGACUAUGAUGAUAUUUAUUAAGAUAAUCCGCACUGGAGUCUGUAAUACUCCCAUUGUGAAUGAUAUUUAUGCGCAGAGAACAAGCAUUUCUUACUUUCAAGAAAA